CAUACGAAUAUGCUGAAUUCAAGCCUUCCACACACCACAUAAAAACCAUAUCAUCGACUCUCUCGACUCUUCUAGGUUUUCAUCAGGCAUCUUCUGGUAAUUCGACCAUAUCAAUGGCUUCUCUCGUCACAAAUGGAGUCUUUUCAACCUUUUCUCCACAACCCAUCUCAGAAACCCCUAAAAUCUCAAAAGGAUCAUCUUCAAAAACCGAAAUUUCUUGUAAAACACCGAAGUCAAAGUCCCACAAUUCCAGGUUCUUGAAGCUCAGAGCUGAUGCAAAAACAAUCCAAUCAGAGACAGUCGCUGAAGGUAAUUCUUCAAAUUCAUCUUCAGUCGAUGACGACCCACUUCAGAAAUUUCUUAAAAGAGAUUACAAAUGGGGAUUCAGUCAAGAAAUUGAUUCGUUCACGAUCCCUAAAGGGCUUUCCGAAGAAACAAUCAGGCUAAUUUCAUCAAGGAAAAACGAACCUGAUUGGAUGCUUGAGUUUAGAUUGAAUUCUUAUCAUAAAUUCCUUCAAAUGACGGAGCCAAAAUGGUCCGAUAACGAUUACCCCAAAAUCGAUUUCCAAAACCUGUGUUACUAUUCAGAACCCAAAAAGAAACCAACUUUGAAUAGCCUCGAUGAAGCCGACCCAGAACUCCUCAAGUACUUCGACAAAUUGGGUAUCCCUCUAAGCGAAAAGAACCGUCUAGCAAACGUCGCUGUGGAUGCUGUUCUCGACAGCGUUUCAAUCGCCACAACUCAUAGAAAAACAUUAGAGAAAUCCGGGGUAAUCUUUUGUUCAAUUUCCGAAGCCAUUAAAGACCACCCGGACAAAGUCAAAAAAUAUCUAGGAAAAGUCGUUUCCUCAGAUGAUAACUUCUACGCUGCUUUGAAUUCAGCUGUAUUUAGUGACGGAUCCUUCGUAUACAUCCCUAAAGACACCAAAUGCCCGAUGCAAAUCUCAACUUAUUUCCGUAUAAACGCCAUGGAAACCGGUCAAUUUGAACGAACUCUUAUCAUAGCAGAUGAUCGAAGCUUUGUUGAGUAUCUAGAAGGUUGCACUGCUCCUUCUUAUGACACGAAUCAGCUCCAUGCAGCUGUUGUUGAACUCCAUUGUAACGAAGAAGCUGAAAUCAAAUACUCCACAGUUCAAAACUGGUAUGCGGGUGAUGAAAACGGGCGGGGCGGGAUCUUUAACUUUGUGACAAAACGUGGCCUUUGUGCGGGUCGAAAAUCCAAGAUCUCUUGGACCCAAGUGGAGACCGGGUCUGCAAUUACAUGGAAAUACCCGAGUGUUGUUUUGGAAGGUGAUGAUUCUGUGGGUGAGUUUUAUUCGGUUGCUUUGACUAAUAAUAUGCAACAGGCGGAUACGGGUACAAAGAUGAUUCAUAAGGGGAAGAAUACAAAAAGUCGGAUUAUUUCAAAGGGGAUUUCAGCUGGAAAUUCAAGGAAUUGUUAUAGGGGACUUGUUCAGGUUCAAUCAAGAGCUGAUAAUGCAAGGAAUUCUUCUCAAUGUGAUUCUAUGCUUAUUGGUGAUAAAGCUGCUGCUAACACUUACCCUUACAUCCAGGCGAAAAAUCCAUCUGCACGAAUAGAACAUGAAGCAAGCACUUCGAAAAUUGGAGAAGACCAACUCUUUUAUUUUCAGCAAAGAGGGAUUGACUAUGAACGUGCCAUGGCUGCAAUGAUUUCUGGGUUUUGUAGGGAUGUUUUCAAUGAGCUUCCAGAUGAAUUUGGUGCUGAAGUCAAUCAGUUGAUGAGCAUAAAGCUUGAAAACUCAGUUGGUUAAACACACACACACACACACACAAUCAUGGAAAAAGCUUUCAGUUUUUCAUCUUCUGUUGGAUAAGUAAGGGUGUUUGUUUCACUUGUCAUGAUGUGUAAAUGAAUCGGGUUGUGUAUACAUGUAAUGUCAUCCAUAUAAGCAUACAUUCCACAUUCACAGAUUGUUUUUCAUAUAUGGGUAGUCGUUUUUUUUCCGGAA